AUGUGGCUCCUCUGUUUGCUCUUUUUAACUGUGUUCUGCCAAAACCAGGCCCAAAACCAAGCUGUCCUUAGCCACUCAAUGGACUCAGGUGGACGCUGCCACUACACCUUCACCGUGGCCAGUCCAGAGGAGUCCAGUUGCUCUGGAAGCAGCACCAACCCACAGACAGAUGCAGUCCUGUCCCGGCUCACUGUGCUGGAAGAUCUGGUAGGUCGGCUAAUGGCAGACAGAGGCAACAGCGAGGAGAACCUCCAGGAGGCUUAUUCCCAAGUUACAAGGGAAAGAAACCAGCUGCAACAGGACAAGGAGAGGCUGAGCAAGCAGGUCCAGGAGCUGCAGAGAACACUGGCUGUUCUGAGCCAGGAGGCAGAGACCCUCAGACGGAGACCUUGCCAGCAAACACAGACCUCAGGGGAAUUUCAGCAUAAAAACAGACCUGCUGACCCUGCAGAUGAUUCCAGGAAUGGUGCCUAUCAGGAGAUGAAGGCUGAGGUGACAGUGGUUCCUGCUUCCCACCUCAUUCCUGAAGGAAAUCACAACAUCACAGGCUGUGGAGAGUUACUGUCAGUGGGAGAUCCUGUACUUCACAGGAAAGCUGACAGCAUCACUGGGAAGUAUGGAGUGUGGCUGCAGGAUCCAGAGCCUCAAGGCCCCUUGUACACCAACAAGACAGUGUGGCGUGUUGAUGCAGUUGGUAAAGAUGUGCGCCAGAUCUUUGUGUACGAAGACAUGGAUCAGUUCUCCAGAGGCUUCCCGAUGAAGGUCCUGGUUCUACCAGAGCCUUUGGAGAGCACAGGGGCAACCUUGUACCGAGGCUCCCUCUAUUACCAGCGCAGACGUAGCCGAACCCUGAUUCGUUAUGACCUGGCCUCUGAGAGUGUGGCAUCUCGCCGGGACUUGCCUCAAGCCGGCUUCCACGGCCAGCACCCCUACUCCUGGGGGGGCUACACAGACAUCGACCUGGCAGCUGAUGAGCAGGGUCUGUGGGCAAUCUACAGCACAAGCAAAGCGAAGGGUGCGAUUGUGAUCUCCCAUCUGGAUCCGAUGAGCCUGGAGGUGAGGAAGAGCUGGGAAACCAAGAUCAGGAAGAAGACAGUGGCCAACGCUUUUAUGGCGUGUGGGCGCUUGUACACGGUGGGCAGCUACAUGGCCACCAACACCACUAUCAACUAUAUGUUUGAUACAGCCAGUGGUGAGGGAAGAGCCACCUCUGUGCCCUUCAAAAACAAGUAUGGCUACAACAGCAUGGUGGACUACAACCAUGCCCAGAGGAAGCUGUACGCCUGGGACAACUUCCACAUGGUCACCUAUGAUGUGAGGCUGGGCAGGGUCAGCCGUGGAAGCAGCUGAAGAGGAUGCGGAGAGAGACUGCUGCUCAGGACUGUGUUAAACAAAUCUGAUGAUUGCUUAAUAUUUCAUUAAGCUUUAUAAAAAAAAU